UUUAAUAUGGCUAUAUAGGUUUGUUCGUUUUUAUUUAUUUUCGGUUAAUAAUUUAUUCAAUAGCAAUGUUUCAACUUAAACUAAACAACAUUUUGAAUAUAUAAUAAAAUAAUAAUAAACUAAACUUUUUCAAUUUAUAUUUUAUUUUAUUUCAGCUUUAUUUCAAUUAACAGAAACAAAUAGUUUAUAUACAGAAGAGGAGAACACAUUUUUGUGUGUAUCUGAGUAGCUCUUUUUGCUCUUUGUUGGCUUUGCAUAUUUGUUAUUGUAAUUUGCAAUGCAGACUUUUACGAGAUUUUCAAAUUACGUGAGAUGUUUCUAGACUUUUUUUUGUGCAUUUGCACUUAUGAGGCACCAUAUUUGCUGAAGUGGACCUGUCUUUGGCCCCACCCACUGUAUCCACAUGUGUAACCUCAAUCACCCAGAAUGCCAGAGCUCAGAAAUCUUCACACAUAAAGUUCUGGCCAUCAGCAGUGCUCACCUUCAUCACAGACACCUGUUCUGCGGACUGAACCGAUAAGAUCAGUACAAAAGGUGUUGCUGAUAGACAUGGAGAGCUCCGUUGAGCAGACUCGCUGGGCAUCAUCCUCCAUGUUGGCAUCAGAGGUGAUGCCCACUUACCCUCCUGACUCCAGCUAUCUGGUCCACACUGAGGAGGGCUCGAUGUUCCCCUGCACUGAUGCGGAUUACAGCGGCUUGCCCUCUGUGUUCACCAGCCCCAUCCAUGGCCGCCCAUCUGGAGCUUUUCAACACAGCCCAGUAUAUCCCGUUUACUCCUCUCCAUUCCUCGGCAACCUGUCCUGGCUUGAAGGUUCAAACGGAUCCCCUCUAACCAACCUCUUCCCAUCAUCCCCGUCCUCCUGGCAUGGCAGUGCAUUUUCCAAGACGUCCUCCCCGUCCUUCCAUGUGUCCGCGUCCCUCGCCUCCGCCAGACCGCCUCAUUCGGCCCUUCCCUCCCCUAUCCUGGACCAGAAGGAGAGUGUAAAAGGAGAGAGAUUGAGUCCUCCUGGAGGGAUGUUCCCUCUAAACCCUUCAGUGAGUGGUGUGUAUGCUCACACACACUCCUCAAAAGCCCACUCGCAGUCACUGGGCCACAUCAGUCCCUACGGGAGCUUCACGCAAGAUUACAACAGUUCAGCUGCUCUCUACGCUCCCUCGUCCUUCUCACCCAAGUUAUGCAGCAAGAUGAGAUUCUCCCCUUUAGAUACGCGUGAGUGUGUGAACUGUGGGGCCACUGCCACCCCUCUGUGGCGGCGUGAUGGAACGGGCCACUACCUCUGCAAUGCCUGCGGACUGUACCAAAAGAUGAACAGACAGAACAGGCCUCUCAUCCGACCCAAAAAGAGACUGGUCAUCAGUAAGCGAAUAGGAACUCAGUGUGCCAACUGCCAGACCAGCACCACCACACUGUGGAGACGCAACGCCAGCGGAGAGCCCGUGUGUAACGCUUGCGGACUCUAUUUCAAGCUUCACAAUGUGAACAGACCGCUGACUAUGAAGAAGGAAGGCAUUCAGACACGCAACCGUAAAGUGUCCAGCAAGAGCAGAAAAGGGAAGAAGUUCAGCACUGCAGAGGAGAAUCUCUAUUGGGAUUUUUCGAAGAAUCCUGCCUCUGAUCAGUAUUUCGACAUGUAUCCUCAGAGUCCUGGUGCUCUGGGGGUCUAUAGCCAUUCUUCCCAUUCACUGCCGCCCACAGCUGCCUUCUACAGCCAUGCCACCCUGCCCUACCCAUACCACCCGCCGGCUGCCAUCAUGCCCAGCGUGAUGUGAGAGGAACUGGACUGUGACUGUGUACAAAACACUCACUGCACAGCCACAUUACUUCACAUACUCAUCAUGAACACACUUUACAGAUGUGGAUGCAUGAGGGCAAUAUACAGAUGUCCUAAAACAUAUUUGGACAUUAAAGUCACUAAAGUCAAAAAUGUAAUUAUACACUCUUUGGAAAAAAGGGUUCUAUAUAUGUAGCAUAGGGUUCUUUACUUAACUG